GAAUCCGGGUGUGCACCAAUCAUGGUCCUUGUUGGCUAUCCUGCAGGACAGAAGGGAUAUAAAGUGUAUGACCUUGAAACCAAUAAAAUUUUUACUUCUAGGGAUGUAGUGUUCUAUGAAAAUCAAUUUCUUUUCAAACUUCACGUUCAAAAGCUUCCAAAUACAUCUCGUAGUGUCAUUCCAUUAUCUAUAACUAGUGAUGAUGCAUCUACUUUAGACACUAACCCCUUACCGGUAGAACUUGAUAGCCAACAAGUUAGUCUUGAACAAGAAGUUGGUCUUGAGUCACCUGUUUUAAAUCCCACCAUCACUAAUAAUAGUGAUUCCCCUAUUUGUUCUACUCAAGGUACCAUGCUUUCGGUUCUACUUCCUGAUAUUGUCCCCGAGGGGGUCGUUAGAUCUCAAAGACAAAGUUAUGAUGAGCCCAGGUCUUAUGUGCAGGCGAAGAAAGAUCCAAAAUGGUGUGAUGCUAUGGCGCAAGAAAUUGCACCAUUGGAACAAAAUAAACUUGGACUUUGGAGAUUCUCCCACCUGAAAAACAAGCUGUUCGAUCCAAAUGGGGGUGCAAGAUCAAGUACAGGGCAGAUGGAUCUAUUGAAAGUCAUUGCCACAGCCAAGAAUUGGGAACUUCAUCAAUUGGAUGUUCAUAAGGCAUUUCUUCAUGGUGACCUUCAUGAGGAAGUGUACAUGAUUCCCCCUCCUGGUUAUCUACCUAAAGGAGACACUCGAGUAUGCCGGUUACACAAGUCCCUUUACGGUUUAAAGCAAGCCUCUCGCCAAUGGUUUGAAAAAUUCUCUACUUCUUUGAUCAACUAUGGUUUCACACAGCCUAGGGCUAAUUACUCUUUAUUCACCAAGUAUUCUGGUGCUUCAUUCACUGCUGUGCUUGUUUAUGUUAAUGAAUUAGUUAUUGCAGGCAACGAUCCUUCUCAAUGUCAAGCACUAAAAGCUUACCUACAAGGUUGCUUUCAUAUUAAAGAUCUUGGCGGUCUGAAAUAUUUUCUUGAAUUGGAAAUAGCCCGUUCUCCUUCUGGAUUGUUUAUUUGUCAACGUAAGUACACAUUCGAUAUACUUAAAGAGGCUGGCAUGCUCGGUUGCAAACCUUCCACAUUUCCCAUGCAACAGCAACACAAGUUGUUAUGUGAUACAAGCCCACUUCUUAGUGAUCCUGAUAUGUAUCGUCGUUUAGUUGGAAGGCUCAUAUAUCUUAUUAUCACAAGGCCUGGGAUUUCUUAUGCAGUGCACAGCUUAAGUCAGUGUAUACAUCAACCCCGUGAAUCCCACCUCUUUGCUGCAAUGAACGUACUUAAAUACUUGAAGUCUUCUCCUGGACAAGGAUUGUUUUUCCCAGCCUCUAAUGAUUUUCAGCUUAUUGUCUACUGCGACUCUGAUUGGGCUAGUUGCCCACUAACCAGGCGCUCUACUACAAGCUCCUUUAUCAUGUUAGGUACAGCUCCUAUCUCAUGGAAGACAAAGAAACAAACCACUGUCUCACGGUCAUCUGCUGAAGCCGAAAAUGGGUCAAUGGCAACCACUACCCAGCGAGCUUCUUUGGUUACGUUAUCUUCUUGCUGAUUUAACAGUCCACCUUUCUACUCCCAUGAUUUUUCAUCGUGGAUUGAGGGUUUUGUCACUGAUUUUUUUUAUUUUCCUUGUUUAUGGUUAAAGAGGCAUAUGCAUUUACUCAAGGAGUUGAGUUUUGUGGGGAUUUUCGAGACUUGUAUGAUAAGUUUUGCAUCUCAGACUGAUGAUCAGACUGUUGUCUUUCUCAUUUCUUUUUCUUUUUUUUUUUUGGUUUAAGUACCAUUUUGAUCCCUCAACUUUUGAUUUUGGCACCAAAAUUGUCCCUUACCUUUAAAAAGUACCAAAUUUAUCCUUGAACUUUCAUUUUUGUACCAAAAUAGUCCUUUUGUCAGUAAAAUGACAGGUGUCAC